AUGAAGGAUGUGGAUUUAAUUUCAAUCUAAUUCAUUUAUUACGGCUUUAAAAUCCGAUUUUCAAAAACUACAUCUGCUUACAAUAUAAAUAAUUUAAUGAUAACCUCAUUAUUGGUAUUACAGUGUGAAUUCUUAAAUAAUGAGAAAGAGCAAAACAAAAUUAAACUUGGAGGCAAUUUUAAAAGAUUUUGUAAGAGAUUAAAAGGAUACUCUCAUGAAAUAUGUGCUGUUUGGAUUACAAAGAAAGAUAAUUUAACAGAAUUUGAAUUUCUAUCUUAAUAUCUUCUAAGCUAAUUAAUAUCUCAAAUGAAUUAUGAAACAGAAGGUUAUUUACAGAAAUUCAUUUAUUUAAAAUGUAAAUUUCUAUGAUAAUUCUUUUAGCUGAGAAGAAUGAAGUUAUAAAAUGUACAUGGGUAAACAAUUUGUGUUAUUUUGAAGUUUUCACUAAUAAAUACCCAAUUAUGAUGUAGAAAACAGAUAUUUAUUAAAGAGCAGUGACAUUUGAAACUCCAAAUGGACCUGUAGAAUAAUUAACGUAUAAAUUUAAUUUCUAAGAUUUUCAGUUCAUAAGGAACCUAAUUUUACUAAAGAUUAGAAUUAUUAUGUGGAUUAAUUAUGUAAUAAAUGUUACUUAAAAUCAAAAAGAAAUCACAUUGAUGGAAUUGAUAUUUAAAUUAUCAAAGAAAGGAUAAAUAUAUCUUAUAAUAUGUUCCAAUUUAUCAACAUCAAAUAUACCUUAUAAAUUUACAUUACGUAACAAUAACGCUGAUUAUAAGCCGAUUUUUCGAUAACCAAAAAGGUUACUAAAGAAUUGUUGAACUAUCCUUAAGCUAUCACAUUAUCUGAUAAUUCUAAAUGCAUUGUUUGUGAUGAAGAGAAAAAUUAAAUUGAAUUUUCAAAAGUUAAAUUAAAAGAGUUGAUUUAUUAUUGGGAAUCAGGAUCAGAUCAUAGAUCUUAAAUUCAAUCUCCUAAAUCUCAUAGAUUGAAUGCUCAAUUAAUAAAAAUAGAUCCAACUCAAUUAAUACCUAGAGUAAUCAAAUUAAUGUAUCCAAGAAUGACAUUAGAAGAAUAUUAAGAAUUUGGUAUAAACACAGUUUUCAUUAAUUAAACAAUCUCGUUAUGCAGCUACUGCUUUACUAAACUUUAUUAAAGUGAAGCAGAAAAAAUUAAAGUGAUACCCUAAAAACAUAAAAGAUUAAUUAGAACUGAAAUUUAUGAUAAUGAACCAAUAAAUUAUGAUCUAACACCUCCAGGAUCAACUAAAACUUUUAUUUAUUGCAGUUUUUUAUAACACAAAGUUGUUAAUAACUAUAUUAAUAGAAGGCUUAAAUUAUCUAAUGUAAAAAAGGAAUCUUUUCCAAUUGUCAAUAAUUCUAAGUCUUUGUUUAAAACUACUUAAUCUUCUAGAAUUAAAGUAGAAAUAUGA